GAAAUCAAUAAAAAUAUAUAUUUUUUAAAAAGAAGCAAGUAUAUAUAGCUGAACUAUUUGUAAUUGGAAAAAAGAAACCACUUCAACACUGGUUAUUAAAUUAUGGAGAAAGUUCCUUGGGAGAACCAGGACACAGGGUCGGGAAGGAGGAGCCAGCUCCAACUCCCAAGGAGGACCGUUCAUGCUGUGACCUCUGUAGCCUGCCCACAGUGAUUACCUGUAGAGGGGCCUGCAGGGACAUGGGAGGAACAAGAUGGGAUAUGGAGAUUUAGGAGGCAGUGGACCAGCUCUCAGAGGGGCAUGUCAGAUAGCACACGCCCUAUUCAGCCACCUGCCUGGUGUUGGGUGUUAGCACAUAUGACCCUAACCACUCAGUGUUUGUCCUGUUCACUACUCUGGUACAAAUACUGGCCUAGGCCGGCCGGCCGGCCGGCCUCAGAGUCACCGCGAUGGCGGCCUUCACUCUGCUGCGGCAAGGGCGAGCCGGUGCGCUGAAGACUCUGCUUCUGGAAGGACAAGUGUUUCGAAGACUUGCGUCUACAGCCUCUCUCUCUGCAGAAUCAGGAAAGAGUGACAAGGGCCUGCCCCCAAAUUCCAAGAAACAAAGUCCACCAAAAAAGCCUGCACCAGCUGCCGCACCAGCCGCCGCUCCUGCUGAGUCGUUUGACACCACCACCUACAAGAACCUCCAGCAUCAUGACUAUAACGUGUACACCUUCUUAGACGUGAACCUGGACCUCUCUGACCAGAGGUUGCCUCAGCCCUCUUCUGGCCGAGAGUCACCUCGCCACUGAGAGCUCAGUUUAAUGAUCACCCUUCGUUGUCCGCUGCGUUCUUGCCUGCAAAAUAAAGUCUGCUCAAGUCGUAAAAAAUAAAAAUAAAAUAAAAUACUGGCCUAGCCCUGGCCCGUAAGGCUCAGUUGGUUGAGCACCGUCCUGUGCACUGAAAGGUCACCAGUUCCAUUCCUGGUCAGGGCACAUACCCAGGCUGUGGGUUCGAUCCCCAGUCAGGGUGCUGCAAGAGGCAGCCCAUCAUUGUUUCUCUCUCUCCCUCCCUCUCUAAAAGUCAAUAAAAAUAAAUUAAGCCCUAGCUGGUUUAGCUCAGUGGAUAGAGCGUUGGCCUGCGGACUAAAGGGUCCCGGGUUCAAUUCCAGUCAAGGGUACAUGCCUGGGUUGCGGGCUCAACCCCCAGUAGAGGGUGUGCAGGAAGCAGCCAAUCAAUGAUUUUUCAUCAUUGAUGUUUCUAUCUCUCUCUUCAUCUCCCUUCCUUUCUGAAAUCAAUAAAAAUAUAUUUGAAAAAAAUAAAAAUAAAUCAAAAAGCCCUGGCCAGUGCUGUUAAGUGGUUAGAGUGUCGGCCCACACACAGAAGGGUCAUAGGUUCG